AUGCGUCGGCUCCUGCUCAGCGCGAUGCUCGUGGCGGCGCUGCUGGACGCGGGCCGAGGGCUCCCCGUGAGGAAGCCGCGGGGUCUGGAGCCCCAGUCCAGGAGCCACGCGAGGCUGGAGGAGGCCUCAGCCACCCUAAAUCCUGACUCUUCUGGAAAAGAGGAGGAGACACCAGGGCUCCCCAGAAACCAUGUCCAGGCAGGGCCAUGCCAGGACAGGUGCCAGACCCUCCCUGAUCCAGUGGCCCUGACCCCGGGCAUGGCCAUCCCUCCUGGGGCCCUGGAAGCUACCCCUUUGCUGCUGGAGUUGCAGAAGCUACCGGGAUUGGCCAACACAGACUUGAGUGCCCCGAACCCCAACAUCCAGGUAACCAUUGAGGUUGUAGAGAACUCCCAGGCUGAGGUGGAGAUGGACCUGCUGGCUGAGCCCAGCAAUCGCUGGCCCCAGAGUACCCCUAGCUGGCUGCACUUUUGGCCCCUCUUCUGGGGCUACCAGGAGGGUGAGGAAGGGGGUCUUAGCAGUGCCCCAGGAGAAGAGGAAGAGUCAGAAGAUGAAGAGGAGGAUUACCCUACAGAGUAUGGUGAGGGUGAAGAUCAAGAAGACAACGAAGAAGAAGAAGAAGAGGAAGCCUGGUCCAGUGGAGCCACAGACAGUUGGCUGGGUCCUGGGGACUGGGACUUCAAUGAACCAGAAAGCUAUGACCAUGAGCCCCAGGAGGAGUGGAGCCCCUGGUCUCCUUGCAGUGGGAGCUGCAGCAGCGGCAGCCAGCGGCGGACUCGGUCCUGCGGCUAUGCCUGCACUACCACCGAGUCCCGUGUCUGUGACCUGCCUCCCUGUCCUGGCACCAAGGAUGAGAACACCUUGGACUUCCCCAGUGAGGGGUGGCUGCCCCUGGUCCACAAUGCUACGGAUAUGUUUGACCCAGCUGUGGACGGCUGUGAGAAGUGGCUGAACUGCAAGAGCGACUUCCUAUCCAAGUACUUGAGCCAGGUGCUUCAGGACCUGCCCAGCUGCCCCUGUGUGUACCCCCGGGAGGCUGUGUACCGUGCGGUGAGCCUGCAGGAUGAGCUGCAGGGCCAGAGCUUCCAGUGGCGGGAUGCCAGCGGGCCCCGUGAACGCCUGGACAUCUACCAGCCCACGGCGCGCUUCUGCCUGCGUUCUGAGCUGUCCAAGGACAGCAGCACACUGGCCGCCCAGCACUGCUGCUAUGACGAACACGGUAGGCUGCUAACCCGUGGCAAGGGCGCAGGCGCGCCGGACCUCAUCAGCACCGACUUCUCACCUGAACUGCACUUCAAGGUGGACACGCUGCCCUGGAUCCUGUGUAAGGGGGACUGGAGCCGAUACCACACCGUGCGGCCCCCCAACAAUGGCCGAGCCUGCACUGACAACCCUCUGGAAGAAGAAUAUCUGGCCCAGCUGCAGGAGGCCAAAGAGUACUGAUGUGGAUGCCCCACUUCUGUGGCCCUCAUCCUGCUUCUGCCUCUGCCCACACUGGGUGGGUGCAAGGGCCCACCAGGUCCUGUCUGUGGGUGAUGUCAGGGCCCCAUAUGUCCCCAGGGAGCCUGGGGAGAAGGUUAAGGACA